GGGGCUUGCGCAGCCCGAGCCCAGUAGCCGCUGCCCCGGCGCGCCGUCGUGGGUCGCCCUUUCCAGCUGCUGCCGAGGCCAGGUCCGCAGCCAUGUCGCGGUUCUGCCGGCGCAAGUACAAGAGCGGGGACUUGGUGUUCGCCAAGUUAAAGGGCUACGCCCACUGGCCGGCCAGGAUCGAGCAAACGGCCGAGGCCAACCGCUACCGAGUGUUUUUCUUCGGGACCCACGAUACGGCCUUCCUGGGACCCAAGCACCUCUUCCCGUACGAGGAGUCCAAGGAGAAGUUCGGCAAACCCAGCAAGAGGAGGGGCUUCAGCGAGGGGCUGUGGGAGAUCGAGAACAACCCCGCCGUCCAGGCUCCUGGUUACCAGUUCGCCCAGGGGAAGAGCUGCGGCGAGGGGCCUGAGCCCGAGCCGGAGGCCACCGAGGGCUGUGGGGACCCGGAGAGCCACACCAACGGCGGCGGCGGCGCCGAGCCGGGGGAGCCGGGCGUCGACCCGCCGGCCGAGGAGGAGAACGAAAAGGGGCCGCUGAAGAGGAGCGCCAGGGACCCGCCGAAGGACAUCCCCAAGCGUCCCAAGGAGGCUGAUUCGGAAGAAGGGGAGGAGAUGGAGGAGGCGGCCACCGCGGCGGAGGAUGCGAAGCCGCUCCUCGUGGAGCCAGAGAACGGGCCGCCGCCGGGGGAGCAGGGGCGGGAGGAAGAGGCUGCUGAGAGAGAGGCCGAGGCCCCGGGCGUCGGAGGCCGUGAGAGCCAGUAGUCACCAAAGUUUACAGAAGAGCCCCCGCCCCGUUCCUGCUGCGGCCUGGCUGUUACUUGGGGAACUGGCCACGGCCUGCAAACUGGCACCCCGCUCUCCUCCCACUCUCCCUUUCCACCCCCGGCCCUUGGGGACUGAGCUGGAUGCGGCAGGCCACCAGGCCCUCACUUCUGUGCCCUCACACCACUGGGAUCUGAGUCGGGGCCUCUGCUCCCUGGGAUGAGAUGAGACCACCGUGCCCCCUCCCUGCCUGCAACUGUUUGCUAGCGCUUCCGUUGGGGCCUGGACCAGCCAUUUCCCCCUCAUGACAUCCCUCCGCCCCUCCCCUCGGGCAUUAUGGAGCUCCACUUUGGAAUCAGGGGUGGGAGUGUCGGAAGGGGUGAAGGAGGAGCAGGGGGUACUUCCAGGGGCCUGCCAGGGACACCCCUCAAACUGUGGUGGGGCGGGGGUGGCGUCUCCUUGAACUCCUGUCCACUCCUCUCAGGCCUAUUGUAUCGGAGGCCUAGUU